UCCGACUGGAGCACAGGCGGCGUGCCCUUCGAUCCUUUCGGUUUAGAAUUACACCGCGACUUGUGGCGCCAAUUCGGUCAGCGUGCCGGCAAGCCGGACUACUGGAACUUAGGCACCGGCUGGGCGUCAUGGCAUCCGGGCUGCCAAUACUUCAGACCCAACCACAUGUGCCCGUGCGCCUGCGAUUGCCCUACGGAAACCACGACCACGACGACCACCAAAACCCCAGAAAAGGACAUUCAGGAUCCGGACAAAGUUAAGGUACCAAAAGAUUGA